AGCCCACACCUCCUCCACAUCAGGGAGCGCAAUGCUUUCUUUACUGGGCAGUGCCUUUCCUCGCACUGGUUUUAUGAUCUGUCCAAAACGACACCCAUUUUUCCAUAGUUAAUGUAUGAAAGGGUUAAUGACACUGUGAGCGUGGGGCCGGUGAAUAGCGGACCUCGGAUGGGCAUUAAGAAAAAAUGAUUAAAAACAUGCUUUUAAAACCUUGGUUAAUUAAACGAAUGUUACAAUACAUUAAAUACAAAACAAAUACAUAUUGUGCUGACGGGGCUCUGAACUGUUACUGUUUUGACUAGCUAACCCCGCUUACCUGCCUCGCAUGCCCGUCGCAUUAGAGAACGGUCGUUAUUCGUUUGGAAACGGUAAAUUAUGAAAUCGUGUCGUUCGUACCUGAUUUAUUGAAAUAAUGGAAACUGUGUGUGUGUGUGUGUGUGUGUGUUACCUGCCCUGAGCACACAGAAACGGAGUAACUAACGGCGCUGUCUAGUUUAUUCAAACUCCUCCUUCUUGUUAUUUAGCAGCGGCACCAAACAGCUCAGUACAAACCUGUCAGCGCGUUUGAAAUACGCAUUAAAACCAAACAAAGCUCUUGAGAUAGAGAGACGCUGUGAGCAGGAACGGACAGAGAGACGCACGGGACCGAUAUGGAGGCGCUGUCAGGACCGUGUAACCAUUCCAAACAGCUUUGUUUCAAUGCAGUCCGAAAAGAAGGAGAAUAAAUUCGAAAAACAAGUUCGCAAACAGCGAAGAAACUCCCACAAUAUGCUGUAAAAAAAAAAAAAAAAAAAAAGAUUUGUGGAAGACGAUUUGUUUGUGCAGAUCACUGAAAUUCAAUUUUAUUUUCUCCAGUACUUUUAAAAGUUUAUAUAAGAAGAAAAAGGACGGCUCUUUUUGAGCGCAUAUUUUAAAAGUUUGCACGCAUUGGCUUUUUAUUGGUGUAUUUGCCUGAACUCUGACAGAGGAGACGCGUGUGUAUUUUGCAUGUAAGGACUUUUUAAUCAUGCCAAAAAAACAAAGGCUACAAACAAACACAAACGCAGCGCUCUAUACGCGUGUUUACUGCCACCUCCACUAAAGGGUAUUUUCUCCACUAUCCUCGCCGAUCCUGUGUGUGGAUGCUACAGGAAAAGGGCUACAGUAAAGACGAGGAGAGCUGUCUAAAACCUGCUGCUGGUCUGGACAGUGUUUGUUUGCAUAUGCAAUGCCACUUAUCAAAGUCGCUGCAAACAUCGAACCUUAAACACUCUUGACCGAUGUGAGCGCUCUCUCCCCCUGCUGCCGCGCUGUGAUUCGGAGGUGCCGGUCAUGGUGUUGGAGUGGUGUGGCGUGCUGAGGGGGCUCCUCUCCCAGGAUCCCGGGCAGGUUAUGGGCGUGGUGGAGGCGCUGGUGUGGGAGCUGCACCAGGACAAGGAGGGACUGAUAGAGAGUAUGCUGCGAGACCCCAGCAGCCAGGACUACAUGCGGGCUCUGUGCCGCUUACUGACGUCCACAGAAACACGGCUGUGCAGCAACGCGGCCUACAUCCUGGGCUCCAUUGCGGAGAGCGAGACUGGGACCCAGCAGCUGGUGUCACUGGGAGGGGCCGGGGACCUGCUGGGAACGCUGACCGCACUGCUGAGCUGGGACGAUGCCGAGGCGGUGAUGAACGCAGCUGGCACCAUCGGCACCCUGGCGGAGAGCAGUGAGGGGCGGUGGUGGAUCCUGGGGGAGCGUGGCUUCGUGGAGAUGGUAGACAGCGUGACCGCCCUGCUGGACGCGAGGAGCGAGUGGACGGUCAGCAACGCCGCCCUGGUGCUGGCUCGCCUCUCGAUGUGCGAGUCGGGGUGCCGCAGGCUCCUGGAGCACCCCAGCUCCUCCAGGAUAAUCUCCAAGCUCAUCGGCUCGCUCAGGGGGGACGAGGCAGGGUGUGGGAUGAACGCUGCCUUCGCUCUGGGUCGGCUGUGCAACACGGACUCGGGGCUCCAGCGGAUACUCAGCAUGGCAGAGGCCCCGGGCAUGGUUGUCUCUCUGGGAGCCAUGCUGGCUCAGCCUGACACUGGAGGCAGUAAGAACGCCUGCUUCGCUCUGAGUUGCCUGGCAACGGAAGCGGAAGGCCACGCCCACGUCCUGCAGAGCCCUGCCUUCCCCCAGCUGCUGAACUCGCUCUACCGCCUCCUGCAGGCGGAGGACCAAGACAGCGCCUGGUUUGCUGCAAUGACAGUGAAGGUUCUGGCUUCCCAGCCCAGCGGAGUCCUGAAACUGAGAGAGCACAGGAAACUAGAGGAGCUCUUAAAGUCUCUGGUGUGCUCCAAGACAGCAGGGAAGGAGCUGCUGGAGGAAGUGAGCCUCACUCUGACCAAGCUGCAGCGCCUCCCCAAACCCCUUCCCCCGCGGAUGGAGCGCCUGGAUUCGGGUUCUGUCCUGGUCUCCUGGGAGACAUGCACCCCCGGGAGCGGCCUGGAGGUCACCUACAGUCUCUUCGACGGAUCCUGCCUGUUGUACUCGGGGCUCCAGUCUUGCUUCACCCUGACGGAGAUCCCACCUGGUCAGGCGUUCCUCUUCAGGCUCCGCCUCUCCACGCCGGGGGGUGACACCAGCCCCUACAGUGAAGCCGUCCGAUGGGCUGUGCAGACGGAGGCGUCUCUGCCCGGCAGUCCUCAGGAUCUGCGUGUGAUUGGCUGCACCCAGACGCAGGUGAAGCUGAGCUGGGCUCCCCCGGCCGAUCCGCAGGGUCCCCUGAAGGGGUACCAGCUCUUCAGGGGAGAGACCCCACUGGACACCACCACGGAGCUCAGCUGCAUCGCGGGCGGACUCUCCCCCUCCUCCCUGUACGAGUUUGGGGUGUGUGCCCUGGGGUCCACGGGGAGGGGUGCCAUGGCACGGGUCGAGGUCAGGACAGCAGACCCAGGGGACCACGCGCCCAGCAAGCUGGCGGUCACCGUCCUGGGGCGCCACGAGAUUUCCGUGAGCUGGGAUAUCCCCGAGGUGCCGCUGGGCCGGCUGUUUAACUUCGAGCUGUGCAUCAACGGGAGAGUGGUGUACCUGGGCACGGAGAGGAGCUACACCGCACGCAGGCUGGCAGCCAACACCGAGUACACCUGCACCGUCAGUGUCAUCACCAGCGAGGGGCGCUGUGAGAGCCGGCCGGUCACCAAGAGGACCGCCAGGGACGAGUACGAGAACACCGCCAAGUGCCUCUACUCUCCAGCGCGAGCCAGCCAGCAGCAGCAGCCCCCUCUCGCCCCCCCAGCGAAGGAGCUCCCGGACUGCAGCGACCGAACCAAAAAGCCCAGAGGCACGGGAGCCCCCCACAAGGAGCCCCCCAGAGCUCCAAAAGCACACCUGGCCCUGAGUAAGGGGUGCUGCAAAGUGUGGGACAGCGACAGCACCGGGGGGGUCGGGGCCAGGCACAGCAGGAGACCCUCGACUCGGUCACAGCGCAAAGAUGGGAGUGAAUCAUCCGCUCAGUCUGUGGAGGCCGUGUCCAAGACGAUCCCGACAGGACGUCCUCAGCAGUCAGACCAGCGGGGGCUUUCCCCCCUGAGCUCCGGGACAGACCCCUGUGCCCGGGAGCGGGGCGGGGGGCACGGUCCCAACACGAGGAGGGAGCCCUGCACCAAGGUGGUGUUGAACGCGAUCUCUGACUACGAUGUGGGGGAGCCUCUCUUCAGCAGGGUGCAGCCCGUGGAGGGGGUCACCCCCCUGCCGAUCCGCCUGCCUGGCAAACCCCCCAGCUCCUCCAGCUCCUCCAGCUCCUGCAGCCCCACGGAGCGGCCCAGAGGCAGAGCACCCGUGCUGCUGGAGCGCAGAGCCAAGACCGAGAGUGAGCUGCUGCCCCGGCGAGGGGGGAGGAGGAGGGAGGAGCAGACACAGCAAGAGGGGGCUGCAGGGAGGAGGGGGAGCUGGCUGCUGGAGGACUCUCUGCAGGGGAUCCAGUCCCUUACUGCUGUGUACAUACCCGGGAAGGAGAGCCCCUUCCAGCUGAAGCACUUCCAGAGAGGCGAGGUGCACACACAGCUGCUGAGCACCAAGGAGAGGCUGCUCAGCUCAGACCUGCUGUUGCGGAUGAACUGUGUGAUGCAGGAAAGCAGCCAGCAGCGUCGCCACGCUCAGAGUCUGUCCCUGAGUGCAGGAGGGCGGGGUCCCCAGCUCACCACGAACCACCGCACCUCCAGACCCCCCCUGCCCCGCGUCCCCCCAGGACUCCGCUCUCUCCUGCAGUACAAGGCAAGCUUGGUGAAGCGCAUGCAGACUCUCUCUGAAGUGGACCGCAUUCAGCUGGACUGGACCCGGCACCACAGGACCCCAGUGAGGCUGCCAGCGAGACUCGGGCAGGGCGCAUCCUUCGUACUGACCCCGGCUACAGACAUUGAGUUCGGGGUCGGGGGUCACUGCCCCAAGCCACGCUGAUCUGGGGGCCCUGGACACCUCUGAAGCGAGGUCACCUGCGUCCCUCACCUGAGCCCAGCGGAGCCCCAGGGAGAAGCGUGAACAGCACACACAGCCGAUACACACGCAGGCUGUCCCCUGACACCCUCUCCACACCUGGGGCAUUACCACUGCGAGACUUUACUGUAGCAUGCAAUGGCACACACCUGCUGAACAACAAUGAGAGACGAGAAAGUGGGGUUAGAAACUCACACAAGCCCAGCACCCAAACCAGACUCCACUUCAAUAAACUGUCCCUCCCCUGUAGCUGCAUGAGCAAAAUCCUAAGAGUGACCCGACAGACUGGGGGUGACUUGUGUUUCAUUUUGCACUUUAUCACUUUCAGCGGCACUUUCUGAUCACAUUUCAGACCAAUGGCUUGCAUUCACUAGCAGGAAAUUCAAAUGAUAUAUAUACAGUAUAUACAGUGUGUGUGUGUGUGUGUGUAUAUAUGUAAUAUUAUUGUCAUGGCAGGUGAUGAUCUGGAUUGUUAUAGAUUUGCAAUGUACACAACGUGAUUUCUUUAUCCAAAGCGUUGUGUUUGUCGAUCCCAAAUCAAAUAUGUAAUGUACGUUACUUUAAAAUAUUUGCUGUGCAAUAAAAUGUGUGUUGUGUA